AUGGCCACGCCUCCCGAUACGGCGCCGCCGAGCCGCGCACCCAGCAAGAAGAAGCUGCGUCGCAGUCGACCCGGCUCCAAGGCCAAAGGCAACAGCGACACGCUCACGGCCAAUCUGGCCAACACCAAUUAUGAUAUGGUCCGCCGCACCGUAUCCGAGAAUAACAUACAAGCCACCACCAACCCAACCAGCAUGGAUGCCAACCUGCUUUGGUUCGACUCUUGUCCACCCGCCGAGAUCUUCUCUCGGCUGAGCCUCUAUCAACGUGUCAAUCACUUCCCCCAAACCUGUCAAAUCACGCGCAAGGAUAACCUGGCUCGAAAUCUCAACCGACUCCGCCGUUUGUGCCCCGGUGACGUGGACAUUUUUCCGCCCUCCUGGGUCCUGCCUGCUGAGGGACCGGCUUUUGAAACUUACGUGGCCCAGCAACGCGAGCGCCGUGGUACCAACAAGGCCUUCAUCUUCAAGCCUGUGAAUGGAGCCCGUGGUGAAGGCAUCGGCCUGACCAAAAACCCAGCCACCAUUCCGCGCGACACCCCACUCCUUGUCCAGGAGUACCUCAGCCACCCUUAUCUCAUUGACGGCCGUAAAUUUGACCUCCGCCUAUACGUCCUCGUCUCCUCGUGCCAGCCCCUACGGGCGCACAUUCAUCGAGAUGGCCUCGUUCGUCUCUCUACCAAAGACUACAAGGCCCCCACCGCUGCCAACAUGAAUAACAUGUGCAUGCAUCUCACCAACUAUAGCAUCAAUAAACACAGCGACGAGUUUGAAAACACCGAUGACGCCAGCACUGGCUCCAAACGCUCUUACCGCUGGCUCCUUGACCACCUUCGCGCCACUGGCCACGACACGCAACGUCUCGAAGCCCGGAUCAGUGACGUUAUCAACAAAACUCUGAUCGUUGGCCUGCCCUACAUGGCCAAGGGCUACGAUGCCGCCCGCCGCGUCUCAGGAACCACCGGCCGCUCCCGGGCCGCUGCUGCCAGCAGCGCCGCUGGAGCCGACAUGGCCUCGGCCUCAUCCUGUACCAGCAUGCCCGACCCAUCCCUCUGCUUCGAGGUCCUCGGGUUUGAUAUCUUCCUUUCCCGAAAGCUCAAACCAUACAUCAUCGAGGUCAAUCGUGCGCCCAGUUUUACCUGUGAUUCUCGCGUUGAUUCAGAUAUCAAGCACGACGUUUUGUACCACUCCAUCGCCCUCCUGCGCCUCAAGCCCUCAGAUCGGGCCCGAGCUGAGCGCCAGCAACGCCGCUGUGCUCUGCGGCGCUUGCAAGGUGGUAGUCUCAACGGCAGUGCCAGUCAGUCUGGUCCUAAAAUAGAUGACGCCAGCUCCAACCCGACCAGUGCCCGUACAGCCCCGUCCUCGCGAGCCAGCGUUGCAACAAGCGGGGGAACCAACAGCACGCGUACCAGCGCCAGCGUCACGGGGCGUUCCGACUACAAGGACAGCGGUACGCGGACGUCAGAUGAUAAUGAAUCGGACUUUGAGCAUGAGAGAGCAAACGAUGAGACCCGACCCAAUGCCACCGACCCCGCACACCCAGCCGACGAUGCAGCCAGCCGCCAGCGCGCGACGCUCGAGUGGCAGGCCCGACUUGCUGAGCGUGAGGCCCCCCUGCAGGGGGGCUUCACGCUGCUCUAUCCAAGCCAUAGUGAGGAGGUUAUGGAGCACUAUCACAAGCUCAUUCAUGCUUCGUUUCAAGCCGUGGCCACCAGUUACGGUACUGCUUCGACUACCGUGGGCCUGGGCCGGCGUCGGCGCGCCGCCUCAAGGCAGGCAGCCGCGAGGAACGUAUCGCUUGUACCGCGUCAUCGCCCGCCAACCCGUUCGGCCCCCAAGGUUGACGUCCGAGAAACCUUGCUUGAAGCCAUGUCCGUGCUGCUCGAGUCCGCGCCCCUGGCCCGAGCUCUCGUUCCUUCUUUGGGUACAGAGGCUGCUGAGCAGCUUCAAGAUCUGCUCCCAACAGCCCUAUGCGACCUUCAUGUGCGCUCCUCCUCUACCCAUAGCAGCCUGGACACCGUGGAUGCACCGCUCUUCGCCCACUCACCCACCACUGCCCCCACCACCGCCCCCACCACUGCCCCCACGAGUCCCUCGCCCACUCCGGCCGCCACCACGACCGAGAAUGCCCACACCCUGACCACUCGUUCUGCCUUCACCCGGAAUGAGGUGCUUCGAUCUUGGAUUCAACACCGCCGCAGCGUUGCUGCCUUCUUCCUCAACGCGCUCGGCUUGACGCAGCGCCGCGCACUGCUCCGGGCCUGCCAGCGCGAUUUGCACCGCAUCCUGGCCAGCGAGGCCCGACGGGCCGUGCGCUUUCGUACAGCCCUGCAGUUGCUGAAUACAACAUUUGAGCGUCUGUGUGCCCAUCACUGUCAUGCCCUUUGGAACGCAUUUGACGUCCCACUCAACGACGGCGUUGGUCUUCUCAGUCUGCUGGGCAUGCGCGUAGGCGCCCUCGAGUGCGACUUUGUCCAACUUCUCAUCGCCCUCGCCAAGCAGCGCUUGAUCGAUGCCUAUGUUCAGUGCCGUACUCAAACGGUAGCACGUGCUUCCGCCUCUGCUCUCAUAAAGCCUGCCCUGGUGGGCGACACCGAAGCGACGGCUGACCAAGUCACAGCUGCAGCGGCCCCUGUUGCAGCGUGCUCGGUAUUACCGGCCUGCAGUGAUGCCCGCGAACCUGCGGCAUUGCCAUCCCGUGAUCACCUCUCGCGUCGAGUCCUGCACCCUUCGCAGCACAUGAUCCAGCUGCAAGUGGCCACUGCGAGUCUAACUUUGCCGCCCGCUGCUCACAACACACAUCAUCUCCAGCGCCCCAGUCGCGUUGUGGCACCAAGCCGCUCCAUCGUGUCGCUUGCUGCCCGCGUCGUGCCCACGCGUGUUUUUUCGUGA